AUGUUCAGUUCAAUCCCAAAAAAUGACUUCUUGCCUCUGUUUUUAUAAAUCUGGAAUUGCGUCGUGUCUUUUAGAUUAUGAGACGGAAGGAGGGUACCUCGCUUGGUCUUGGAAAACUGGUACUAAGACUAGCGUUGAGGACUAUGUCUGGAGCGUUGGUUUCUACGGAUUAAGCCCUCUUGACGAGGUGCGUGGUCCGAAUGGCAAAGGAUGUGUCACUUUCAAGUAUUCGUUCAAGACUCAAAGGAGAGGAUUCCUCACUCUCAAACUGAUGCAAGUGAAGCUGCAUUCACCUGUAAGACUGGAUGCCAUAUCAUCGUCUGAAAUUUGGUCUGAAGUCGCGAGAUAUCGGCGUAUUGGUCGGAGAAAUCAGCGGGUGUGGGAGCAAGUCUCAGUUCUUUGGGAUGUUUCGAGUCCAUUCUUGCUUGAAUUUGUCUCAUCUGUAGAGAACGGAGUUGGCGAGUAUUCAGUGAAAAUCGACGACUUCGAACUUCAAUACACACCCUGCAAGAACCCGAGCAAGCAAGACCCGAAAGUUGACAGUGGAGGGAAUACAAGCCCAUUCGGUUGGGUCAAGAGGAGUCUUUCCGCCUCAUCGGGAUGGUGCCCAAAAUCUCUUUUCAGAGCUUCUAAAUCAAAGUCGUCCACCCGGUCCAAUUCUAGAUCGUUUGCAAGUUCGUCUUCGAAAUCGUCGUCAGGAUCAGCAUCAAAUCAUUCGCUUGGCUCAAACAAGGCGUGACUGAAAACAUUUUCAAAGGUCGAUUUCCGGCGCGCAAUGUCUCACAAUGUAUAGCAUGUCAUUUAUUUAAGAGUGUAUAACAUUAAAUUUUUCCCUCGGUAGACACGCUUUUUAUUUCUUUUGGAUGUAUAAAUUAUAAUGCCAGAACUGUAUGGCAACUGUUCAACGACUGUUUUAACUAUUUCAAUGGUAUAGCCGCGUGCGAGUAGAUGAUAAAUCAUAACAU